GUCGGCGUCACUUGCGUCUUCCCCAUCGACUUGGCAAAGACAAGGUUACAGAACCAGAGACCAGGGCAGCAGGCCUACAAGAGCAUGAUGGACUGCCUUGUGAAAACAGUACGAUCAGAGGGCUACUUUGGCAUGUACAGAGACAUGGGUCCCCCCUGGGAUAUUGAAGGCUAGCCGAUAAGGCGCAGCCACGCUGGAGGCAAACAUUAAUGGUUUUUACUAUAUUGCUCUAUUCCAAACUACAGGCACAUAUGUUCAUUUUUGCCAUGUUCACGUGUCCUCUUGUGUCAACAACUUGUUGUCAGUAGCGUCUGUGCCGCUCCUUCGCCUUCCAGACUCAUGGUGUGCUUUCACCAGCUUUGUUUGAGCUUGAAAAUGACUUGUGGAACUCACAAGGGUCUAUUUUCAAGUUUGCCCAAAGUCGGGGCACGCGCCAUCCUCUGUCUUUUUUUUUUUUUUUUCUUGUUGUUUCUUUUCCACUAACAUGUCUUCUUGUCUUGUCAAACUUUUUGGUUUUUUCCCCCCCACUAACAUGUUCUCUUCUCUUGUCUUGUCAAACUUUGCUCCUCCUUGUCUCUUAUUUUCUGCAUCUACCUCUCUGCAUAAUGUUUGUUGGAUCAUUCCAUUCGCACCAGUCCCAGGUGACCCUUCUUCAGAUUUCCUGAUUUUUAUUUUAUUAGUGCCGUACGAUGUGUAGUCAGUCUCAAGUUUGGGCCUCCUACUUUGGGUACCAUGUCCACUUUUGGGAUCUGCGAAUCGCACACAAAAAGCUUGACCACAUUUGGGGGACGGAUUCCAAAAGUGGGUGCGGUACCCUUUGAACGUCAUAACGCACAUUAGAAUUCAAAUGAGGAAGAUUAAAGAGGUGUCACCAGGGAAUGGCGUUUGACUUGAUGUGGAAUGAACCGGUUUUGUUUGGCUCUUCCCUCAUUUCUCUCUCAAUUCCUCUACUGCCUUUACGACUUGAAGCUGCUUUGUGUGUUUUAUUAGCCUCAUAUAGGAAGUGUUGAAAUUCUAGUGUCAUAAUGAUAAUGGUGGGGAAUGAUUGUGUCGUGCAUGUGCAAAGUCCAAAGUGUCUAUUUGAUGUCUAACUGUCACUUUAUUUGUCCCUUAGGUGCCGCCGUCAAUUUGACUCUGGUGACGCCCGAGAAGGCCAUUAAGUUGGCCGCCAAUGACUUCUUCCGCCAGCACUUUGCUAAAAAUGGUCAGGGACUGACUGUGUUCAAAGAGAUGCUGGCUGGCUGCGGCGCGGGCAUGUGUCAAGUCAUUGUCACCACGCCCAUGGAAAUGCUCAAGAUACAGCUGCAGGACGCGGGCAGACUGGUUGCCCAGCAACAGAAGCCGGUCAUCUUGUCUCCCUCCAAGCUGGUGGCCACCAACACGCUGCUUAGCCGCUCUUACAACUCGGGAACUGUGAGCGCCAUGGCGACGCCGCGAGCCGUAUCGGCCACGCAGAUCGCCAGGGAGCUUUUCCGCACGCAGGGCAUCCAAGGGCUCUACAAAGGCCUUGGGGCCACGCUCAUGAGGGAUGUCCCCUUCUCGGUGGUGUAUUUCCCGUUGUUUGCCAACCUGAACAGACUGGGCCAGCCCAGCGCUGAGCAGGCAUCGCCCUUUUACUGGGCUUUUUUCUCGGGGUGUCUGGCAGGCUCCAUUGCUGCGGUGGCAGUCAACCCCUGUGACGUGGUAAAAACCAGACUGCAGUCACUGAAUAAAGGCUCGGUUGAGGAGGCUUACAGCGGAGUCGUCGACUGUGUCAGUAAGAUCCUGCACAAGGAGGGAGCGUCCGCCUUCCUGAAAGGCGCCGGCUGCCGGGCCCUGGUCAUUGCCCCGCUGUUUGGCAUUGCCCAGGUCAUGUACUUUGUGGGCGUGGGCGAGUACAUCCUGGACAGCUCCCCUCUCAGUGUCCUUUCACCGUGAGAGGUUGCCGCCGCCACGCGCUCAGGGGGACCACUCGAAGCCAAGAAGGAUGGCCAGAACUGGCAGCUACGUUCCAUGCUCGGAGGGAGGAGGAGGAAGAAGAGUUGUGUAGCACUUGAAACACUUUUCGUGGCUUAAAUCACACUCGGCCUUGUCCCGCGUUUGCACUUUGACAGACCAUCACCGUCCUUACGAAGCCCCAGAUUGGCCAUGUUACUCCUUUUUUUGGGUCCGUUAGCUCCUUUUUUUUUUUUAUACCGUGGUGAUGGUGUGAGGAGCUCAGAAAGGCACACCUAUUUUAAUUUCAAUGUUUUUCAGUUUCUGGAUGUUACACAGUUAGUGUUGCUGUGAGUCAAGGUCUUUCCGAUCUUGCUAGACAUGAAUUUUGUAACCAGUUUGUCACCACUUGACUGUGAAUCUCCAUGCACAUUGUGUGUGUCAGUUAAUAUUUGUUUUGGUCAUGUAGUCUGUUCAUUUGAAUAUGCAUUUACAUGAAUUUGCAGUCCAUUCAUUUACUUACAAAUCGACAUGAAUUUUCAUCCUGCAGCUAUGCCUUUGAGUGAAAAAAAAAAUUACUCUGUACAAGCAAAUUUUUUGUGUAUGACUGAACACACUCGACACAUUAAACAAUGCAAUUUA